AUGAGAAUUAUUUAUAUUAUUUCAAAUCGUAUUGCUUAUUUUGGCGGAUAAAUGGAACAAUUUAUAAAGACCCUAGAUUCCACUGACAAAAAAUCACCCUAAAAAUUAAAAUUAGCCACAUCGCCAAAUACGAAUUAAAAGUAAAACUCACCCAAAUAAACCAAGGAGGAAUUUAAAAAAAAUACGAUCAUCAAGAAGCUAGAAUUUAACGAUCAGUUACUUAUAAUCAAGCAAGAUGGAAUAAUUGGUAGAAGCACUCGCUAAAUACCCAAAAUUAAUUAAGUUAAUUCUUCAUAUACCUUGGGUCUUCUAAAUUCUAUAGAACUUAAUCAUAAAAAUGAAAUUAUUAACAAGUUGAUCAAAACAAAUGAUCAUGAAUUAUUAUAAGUGUCUAGAACAUCUAAUAUAUACUGCAAGUGUCGUAGAUCUAAAUGCAUUCAAAACUAUUGUGUCUGUAGUGCCAACAAUUAAGAAUGUAAAUUAAAUUGUGAAUGUUAUAAUUGUUCAAACAAAUAACCCAAAUCCACUCCCUCUUAAUUGUCUUCGAUUGAGUUUAAUGGAUGCAAUUGUAGAAAAUAAAAUUGCUCAAAACGAUAUUGUGAAUGCCAAAAGAGAAAUAUCAAGUGUACUUCUAAGUGUAACUGCUGUGAAGAGUGUGUAAACUAAGAAAUCCAGCCCCUACCAUUUCAGUUAGAUAGUUUAUCCUGA